GUCCGCAUACGGGAUGCCCGUGUGGAAGACAAGCCGCAGCGCGGCCGAACAGCGUCGCGGCCUAUGGGUCUGCCGAGCAGCUCUGAAGUCAACAGCUACAUCAAAUCGAACGGCGUAAACGAAAUCGCGGCGCAGGCGUUGCGCAGCUGUUCGCCGACUGUCAAGCGGACUGUUCUGAGCAGCGGCGAUGUCAUAGGUGCCUUUGAUCCUUCAGCUGCGCUGAUGGCCAAAAUCAAAGACGUGAGGGCCGGGGGAAACGGCAACAUCAGCCUUGCCACUUCAGGGCUGAUGCCGCAAAUGCCCAGCGUGACUGAUAUAGAUGCUUUUGUCGAGUACAACGACUUGGAUGAAAGCGCCGAAGCCCAACUCCGGGCUUGCCCGCCUUACGUCAUUGCCCUCGUGCUCGGCAAGGGAGACCUCAGAGGUACCCGGAACCCCUCCUCUGUGGUGCUCUCCCGAAUCCGCGAAGCGAAGGCAACUCCGCCACCGCCUAUGCCAGUCCAUAUGCCUCCCCCUGGAGCACCGUUUCCAGGGCCGCCACCCUUCGGUUAUCCGCCGCCCGGGCACCCCUUUGCGUUUCCGCACGGGCCUCCACCGCCAUUUGGUCCGCCGGGCUACCCGCCUCAUAUGGCACCACCUGCAGGAUACCCGCCUGGACCACCUGGUUACUAUGGUCCGCCGGGCUAUCCAGGCGAGAUUGCGCUCAUGCAGCGAUGCCUCCGGAUACGGCGACAAGCAAGGAGCCGGAAAUCUCAGAAGAAGGGCGGGAAGCCAUCAGGUGGAGUACCUAUACCGCAGUCAGAUAGUGCUGCUCCUGACGCCUACAACCAAGAGACUCGCGAUAUCAUUCUUUCCAUGAGCAAUGUGGAAAAGAAGUCUUUGGAUGGCAGCUACAUCUUGAAAGACGUUUCUCUUGGCAUGUACAUGGGUGCAAAGAUUGGGAUUCUGGGAAGGAACGGGGCUGGAAAGAGCACAGUGAUGCGGAUUCUGGCAGGUGAGGUUCCCCAGGAUGAAUUCCUGGGGAAGCUCGAUCGAGACGAGAAUAUACAAGUAGGUUAUCUGGCACAAGAGCCAGUUCUUGAAGAGGAGACGGUGAUUGAGAAUUUAGAGCCAGCGGUGGACCAUGUCAAGGCCAUGGUCAAGGAAUUUGAAGACAUCAGCACGCAGAUGACUGACCCUGAUGCAGACAUGGAUGCACUCAUGGAGAAGAUGGAGAAGAUUCAGAGCAAGAUUGAUGCUUGCGACGGCUGGGAGAUAGACAAGAAGCUAGACGAGGCCAUGGACGCCCUGAACUGCCCUCCGCGCGAUGCGAAGAUCGCAACGCUAAGCGGGGGAGAGCUUCGCCGCGUUGCAAUUUGCCGCCUGCUUCUGUCCAGCCCCGACAUUCUGAUGCUCGAUGAGCCCACAAAUCAUUUGGACGCACAGAGUGUUGCGUGGUUGGAGCGCUUCCUUGCGGAGUUCAAGGGGACGGUAGUGGCCAUCACCCACGACCGGUACUUCCUGGACAAUGUGGCAGGAUGGAUUCUUGAGCUGGACCAGGGCAAGGGCAUCCCCUUCCAAGGAAACUACUCCGGAUGGCUGGAGCACAAAGCCAAGCGAUUAGAGUCUGAGCAGAAGCGGAAGGCCACACUCGAGACCCAGAUGGCCCAGGAGCUUGAGUUUAUCAAUGCUCGGCGUAGCGGCAGGCAGAAGAAGGGCAAGGCCAGACUGAGACGUUUUGAAGAUCUGGAGGCCCAGGCAUCUUCUUUCAACCGGAGCAGCGAGCUCGACUCGAUUGUCAUCACCCCUGGGCCGCGCCUGAACGCCAACGAGCCCGUGGUCACCGCAAAGAAUGUCUGCAAGGGCUACGGCGACCGGCUCCUUAUCAACGAGGCCAACUUCGAGAUCCCUGCGGGUGCAGUAGUAGGCAUCAUCGGCCCCAACGGCGCUGGAAAGUCCACGCUGUUCAAGAUGAUCAUGGGCAAGGAAGAGCCUGACAGCGGCAAGCUGACAUUGGGAAGCACGGUGGCGCCGAUGUACGUGGAACAGAUGCGAGAGGACCUGGACCCUGAUGCCACGGUCUUUGAGGAGCUCACAGACGGCCUUGAUGCCAUCAACAUUGGUGGCCGUGAGGUAAACAGCCGUGCCUACUGCUCUUGGUUCAACUUCCGAGGCAAAAUCCAGCAGCGGAGUGUCUCCUCCCUGAGCGGUGGGGAGCGAAACCGACUGCAGCUCGCGCGGACCCUGCGGUUGGGUGGCAACUGCCUAAUGCUGGAUGAGCCGUCAAAUGACCUGGACGUGGAAACCUUGCGGGCACUGGAGACGGCCAUUGAGAACUUUGCAGGUACGGUCUUGUGCAUCAGCCACGACCGCUGGUUUCUGGAUCGCAUUGCUACGCACAUCAUGGCCUAUGAAGGUGACUCCCAGGUCGUGUUUUUCGAGGGUGGCUACAGUGACUACGAAGAGGAUCGCUUCAAGCGAACAGGAGUGAAGGACCCCACCAAGAUCAAGUACAAGCCCAUGCCGACUUUCGCCUGUCCGUAUGCACCACCUGGUGCUGGAGGCCCCUAUGGCCCAGCUGGAGCUCCACCGAAUGGUCGGCCUCCCAGCCGAAGCUACAGCUACAGCUACAGCCGCAGCCGGAGCGACAGCCGCCGACGCAGUCGCAGCAGCCGAAGUCGAAGCCGAGCGCGCAAGGACAACGACAAGAAGGACAAAAAGGACAAGAAAGACAAAAAAGAGAAGGAGAAGGAGAAGGAGAAAGAUAAAAAAGCUAAAAAGGAUAAGAAAGAGAAGGUGAAGGAAAAGGAAAAAGACAAGGAUAAAGAGAAAGAAAAGGCGAAAGACAAAGACAAAGAAAAGGUCAAGGAGAAGGAGAAGAAGGCCAAAAAGGAAAAGAAGCGCUAA